AUGGGAGGAGGUGCUUGCAAAGAAUUACAUAAGGGUUUUCUAGAUUGUGUGCACGAGGCUGGAUAUGGUACCAACAAGUGUGGGGAACAAGUUGUGAAGGUGUUCAAUUGUAUGUGUUCUCAUCCUGAUUACUAUAAGCUGAUGGUCGCGGUGAUGAAAUAUGUUGAAGAACAUGUAUUGAGGGAGCAUGGUGCUUAUGUUGCGAGGAAACAAGCUUUCAUGGAUGAAUGCAGAAGAUUUUUGUAG